AUGACUGAAAUUUUGACUUUUCUUUGUGGUAGCACUUCCGCCCUGAACGGUAUUAACAACUAUUUGUAUUUUGAAUCUCAUACAGGUGACCCAAGAACUACGUAUGGUCUUAUAGUUGUUAAGGAGGAAUAUGAAGCUUAUGUUGAUGAGGCUGUCAAAACAUGGAGCAUGGGGAAGAGUUAUGAUAGCUACACCAGCACCCAAUCCGUUGGUGAUAUUAACAUCUGCCAACGACUAUCGGAAGAAGCUUAUACCCCGGUGAACUCAGCCGAUUUUGGUGAAUGUAUCUCGAUUUUCUAUGAUUCGUCAAAAACUAUUGAGGACCAGACUGGUUUGGCAGAUGAUCUAUUGUACGUCUACAAUAAUGGCACGGUUUCCUUUAAUGACGGCGACAAAGUUUGUAUCUCUAUUGGUACUGCAAGCCAAUAA